AUGUGUAACUCGCGCCUGCAGCAGGAGCUCAACGUACUGUAGUUAUGGCGCUGCCGUGGCUUCUGCUACUCGAGCUGCUGCUGUACGUUGGCUGUUUUAUCUGCGGGAUCGUUACAGCCGCCUCGGUUACUAUCACUCAGGGCAGCUUUGCAGGGAAGUGUAUGCUAUAUGGUUCUGUACAUCUCAACUCCUCAACCUUCGCCGUGCGUUCAUCCAGUUCACCCUCCGUCUGUUACUUUGUAUCUGCCAUCUCAGUGUGUGUAGCUGUUUUUUGCUUUUCUCUUACCCUCUACUGGAUCUACACCAGCUUGGUCGACGGAGAUGUGAAAAGAGAAAAAUUAUGGUUGAACAUCACCCUUGUCAUGUGUGGAGUCUUCCUCUUCUUUAUUUUGGUGACGGGAUGCAUUCUAAAGAUUGGCAUAGACAAACUUUGUUAUUCGGUGCAAAUGGCAGAGAGCAGUAUAACCAGGUGUGAAGAAGUACAAAAUAGAACUUGGAUGAGCCCCAUAAAUGGGAAACAGUUCUAUUCCAGACUACACAGUGCAGAGACAGCAGUCUGGGUGAAUUUUCUCUUUUGGAUGAUCAUAUCUGUUCUGGUGUUGGUGCAGCGCAAAAGAGACUCCAAAUACAGGUCAGAAGAAAUGGACCCAUCAGUGACCCCUUCUGAAACCAAACCAUUCUUCAACCGCCCGGGACAUUCUCAGUGAAUAGAGACACAGUUAAUCUAUGUCACUAACAGACUAAUGCUUCAUGUGCCACUCAAACACAUACUCACACACAUACACUCGCUCCCAGUGGCAAUGCUGGCUAGCAGUUGGCUAGAUGAGCAGCGAGGAUUUUGGCAGCGCUGGUAUACGGUCUUGAUUUUGUUCACUAGCAUUGCCAAGGGUUAGUUGCCAUGGUAACUGAUCUGCGGCUGGCAGUACAGACCUGGCAGGUGAGAGUUUGCAGUUGCCAGAUUGGUGGUGUGACCUGAACUGAUUGAGACACAGCUUUGUGUAAAGAGAUCAGUACUGACAAUGUUGUUGGUGUUUUCAAGAGUGACAAAGCGAUUAAAAAAUACUUUAGGAAAGAUCUUUGUGCACAUCCUAAUAUUUUGUUCCUGCACGAUUCUGGUGUUUUUUUUAUUCUGGUCACAUUUCAUGAGUAAAUAUUGUAAUAAAAAAGCAUAUGUGUAAUGUUGUAUAGUUUUAGAAUAAUAGUUGAGCUAAACCUAACCCAUGGUACUGUAACUUUUUUGGUGUCUUAAUAAGCAAACUCUAUAUCAUUGUGCAACAUUUUCGCCCUCUGCUGUCAGUUAAUAUGUACUACUCUGUAAACCCCAUCUCUCUGGCCAGGAAUGUCCCAUAAAGGACAUUUUGCCAAUUCCA